AUGGACAAAGAUAGCACAGAAAUGAAUCUGCUUUCGACGGCAUCCUCGCCCGCGAGUGUUAGCUGCAGUACAGUACUCAAAGAACCUGAACUAGUGACAAUCGUCGAAGACAUGCCGUUGACGACAGAACAGAUCGAGGAAGAGCAGCUCCUGGAAGCGGUCGAGGAUGAAUAUGACAUUGAACCGCCAAACGAAGGAACUCCUUUGCUUCGCUCGUCCGAGAUGGGCUUCGAGAAAAGUGGUUCAAGCUUCUACACGCACAACAGUAAAAGCUUCACGACUACUUUCACGACAAGCCAAGCCUCUUUAUUCAUUCCCUCCUUCCAGUUUUCGCUGUAUUCUAGCAUGGUGUCCAUUACGCGGUCUUUGAAUGGUUCUCUUAAUCAGCGAUCGGUAGCAUUGUCAAUACACGAUCGCGAAAGCUCGAAGUCGAAGAGCGGUACUGUGUCUUUAUUGGAGAGAAUGACGAAAGAUGGCCAAGCACCGACUUUACUUGCCCUUUGGAACCUCAUAAAUAUGACUAUUGCUAGUAGUAGUGUGAUAGCGUUUCCUUACGCGAUCGCUUUGGGAGGCUUCGCUGCUUUAUUCCUCAUCCUUGUCAUCGGAUUCUUCGCUGGCGUGACCUCGGUUCUGUUGAUUGACUGUCUUUACGAAAUCUCCCCGAAAAGCCGACUUCGCAAACGAGUAAGAGCGAGCUAUGCGGAAAUUGGAGCGGACGCAUGGGGACNGAUGGCCAAGCACCGACUUUACUUGCCCUUUGGAACCUCAUAAAUAUGACUAUUGCUAGUAGUAGUGUGAUAGCGUUUCCUUACGCGAUCGCUUUGGGAGGCUUCGCUGCUUUAUUCCUCAUCCUUGUCAUUGGAUUCUUUGCUGGCGUGACCUCGGUUCUGUUGAUUGACUGUCUUUACGAAAUCUCCCCGAAAAGCCGACUUCGCAAACGAGUAAGAGCGAGCUAUGCGGAAAUUGGAGCGGACGCGUGGGGACCAAUCGGAGGCAGGCUUGUGGAUUUCAUAACAGUGAGUCUUUCUUACUCCAGUUGUGUCCUGUUUGUGAUGGUGCUCGGCAAAAGCAUGAAAGACUUGUUAAGCAGCCAAGUGGAGCUGUCCCUUCAAGAAUGGUGUCUGAUGUGUACAGUGGCCCUGCUUCUGACUGUCUUUAUCAAGACACUGUCUGUCCUAGCCUGGUUAAGUAUGCUGGCAGUUAUAGCAGUUUUUAUUAUAGUCUUUGUCCUGUUAGGUUUUUCAAUGGGUGAUUACAACACUUGGGAAUGGGCGAAUAUUCCAUCUUUUGAUUUAAAUACAUUUCCAAUUAGCUUAGGUAUUAUUCUGUUUUCCUACUGUGGCCAUACAGUGUUUCCUGGAAUAGAGGUUUCCAUGCAAGAACCAAAAAAGUACAAAAAGGUUUCCCAUUGGGGGUUUUCAUUGGUCACGGUUUUGAAAUUUUUGGUCGGACUGUUGUGCUGUCUCACAUUUGGAAGCAAAACCCAGUCAAUUGUUCUUUUAAAUCUAAGCGUGGCACAUGCUUCCAUACUGAGUAAAGUAGCGUCACUGUUAGUUGUGAUAAAUGUUUACUUUUCUUAUCCCUUAAACAUGUUCGUUGUUAGUGGUACUCUCGAUAUUCUACUGUUACCAAAGUUUCCUCUUUGCUACAAUAAAAAGCGAUGUAACUACCUCUGGGUUCUGUCGACAAGAGUUAUUCUAGUCUUUUCCACCCUGGGUAUUGCACUGGCUGUGCCACACUUUGGACUUCUUAUGAGUGUAUUUGGCAGUGUGUUUGGAGUGUGCAUAACGUUGAUAUUUCCUUGUCUCUUCCAUUUGCAACUGAAAUGGAACAAGUUACAGUGGUAUCAGAUUGCUUUUGAGUUGUUUAUAAUAUUAUUUGGGGUAGGGGCUGGUGUGCUGGGUCUGAUUUAUUCCUCUAUUGCUCUCAAAAAUGCCAGCUAA